AAAAAGAAAACAGGAUAGAAGAAGAUGCCGUCAGUUGUUAACUGAAGUUCGACGUUCCCAAACCAAACUACUCCACGGUUGUGUGUUUUUACACAACUAAUGCCCGCCGCAAAAUAAUUUAUUUGGAUUGAGUGCUGAACGGACUACAGGACGUCCGUCACUCCGACUAAAUUAUUCUGUCCGGGUAAACUCGUCUCGGUGGCCAUUAAUGCUUCUCGGCCUUGUUAGCUUAUUUGACCUUAGCUCGCUAGUCGUUAACAAAGAAAAGCAUCUCGUCAAUAAGAAAUCAAGUGCGAAUUUGUCGGGAUCGUCGCCUCACCAUGUGUGCAAGGGUAACACCAAAGUACGAGAAGGAACUUUGUGGAAUAAAAGAAGAGAAUGAGCAACUGCUGGGCGAGGUUUGCAAGCAGGCUUGUGUUGAGCCACACAGAGCAGACAUCAGUCAAGCUGUUUGUCCUGAUCAGCAGCAGCCAGAGUGCCUCUACAUUAAAGAGGAAGAGGUGGACGAAGAGAUUCCCCACUUCAAUGAAGUAAAGGAGCAGAAGUAUCGUUACAUCAUAAAAGUAGAGGAGAAGCCAGAGCAUCCUUGUGUCAAAGAUGAGGAAGAAGACCCCCACAACUUCAAACAGGAGCAUGACGAGGAUGUUGACACAAGUGAAGGUAUUUGUCCUGAGCAGCAGGAGCCAAAGCGCAAUCACAUUAUUGAGGAAGAGGAGGAUGGAGAGGUCCCCCACUUUGAUGAGCGAAAGCAGCAGAAGUGUCCUUUCAUCAAAAAAGAGGAAGAUAUCUACAAGCUGCCAUCGACUGCGUUCCUUUUGAAGCAUGAAGAUGGAAGUCAAAGUGAGGCGAGCAAAAGUGCGGAGCCUUCAAGCAGGAGGACAUGUCGUCGCAUGAUAACGGAUUAUGAUGAAAGCCAGUGUGAAGGAUCACAAGCAGUCGGCCUCUCGGCUCCAUCAUCAGAUAUUGAUGGCACGUCAUCUUACGGUAAUGAUGAUGAAGAGUCAGGUGGUGAUAUUACACAUCACUCUGAAAACAAACCCUGGAAAUGUUCUCAGUGUUGGAAAAUGUUUGCUCACAAGAGUAGUUUAAAAUUGCACCAAAGAACCCACACUGGUGAGAAACCUUUUUCCUGCUCCGUGUGUGGCCAAAGAUUCUCGCAGAAAGGAACCUUAAAAAUACACGCAAGAACCCACACUGGUGAGAAACCUUUUUCCUGCUCACUUUGUGGCCAAAUAUUCACACGGAAGGAAAGCUUACAAACACACACAAGAACCCACACUGGUGAGAAGCCCUUUUCCUGCUCAGUUUGUAGACAAAGGUUCUCGGAGAAGGGAAGCUUAAAAAGGCACACAAGAACCCACACGGAUGAACUGACGAGGUACACUGACAACAAACAUUGGAACUGGUGUGGUACAGUGGAUGAAUCUAAUAGUGGUUUGAAACUGCACAUGAGAAUUCACUCCGGUGAGACAUCUUUUUCCUGCUCAGUUUGUGCUAAAGAAUUCUCUCAGAAGGGUCACUUAAGAAGUCACAUGAGAACCCACACUGGCGAGAAACCUCUUUCCUGCUCAGAUUGUGGCCAAAUACUCACACGGAAGGAAAGCUUACAAAAACACACAAGAGUCCACACUGGUGAGAAACCUUUUUCCUGCUCCGUUUGUGGCCAAAUAUUCUCUCAGAAGGGACACUUAAAACCACAUGCAAGAACACACACAGGUGAGAAACCUUUUUCUUGCUCAGUUUGUGGCCAAACUUUUUCACAGAAGGGAGGCUUAAAUAAUCACAUAAGAACACACACUGGUAAUAAACCUUUUUCAUGCUCAGUUUGUUGUCAAACAUUUUCUCAGAAGGGCCACUUAAUAUGUCACAUGAGAACCCAUACUGGUGAAAAACCUUUUUCCUGCUCAGUUUGUGGCCAAACAUUCUCACAGAAGGCAGGCUUAAAUAAUCACACAAGAACACACAAUGGUAAGAAACCUUUUUCAUGCUCAGUUUGUUGUAAACAAUUUUCUCAGAAGGGCCACUUAAUAUGUCACAUGAGAACCCACACAGGUGAAAAACCUUUUGCCUGUUCAGAUUGUGGCCAAAGAUUCUCUCAGAAGAGUCACCUGAAAUUACACACAAGAACCCACACUGGUGAGAAACCUUUUUCCUGCUCAGAUUGUGGUCAAAGAUUCUCAGAAAGGGGAACCUUAAAAUCACACACAAGAACCCACACGGGUGAAAAACCCUUUGCCUGCUCAGUUUGUGGCCAAAGAUUCUCUCAGAAGGCACACUUAAGAAUACACACAAAAAAGCACACUGGUGAGAAACUAUUUUCAUGCUCAUUUUGUUGUACAAAAUUCUCUCAGAAUUGUCACUUAAGAAUUCAUAUGAGAACCCACACUGGUGAGAAAUCUUUGACCUGCUCAGUUUGUGACCAAAGAUUCACAUGGGAGUAUCAGAUUAAGAAUCACAAGUGUGUUGGGGACAUGAGCAGUGAUCCGUGAAGUUGUCACCUACCUUCUUAUUGGGAUGCUAAACUUAUCUUUUUCUUUAUCUCAGUAAAAAUGUCAUAUUUUAAUUGAAUUAUAAUUUGAAAAUAUGGCAUAUACAGUCCAAUAGUUUGGGAUUAUUGAUUGUCAUUAGUUUUUAUCUGUGGUCUUUGAAUAUACUUAGUAUUUUUUAGUUUGAUAGUAGUGUGACAUUUUUGUUAAAUAUUCAUUGUUUGUGCCUUUUUUGUUUUUAUUUUUUGUGUUGUUUACUUGUAUGUAUAUUGUGUACUAUGUCUUGUCACCGUGGGAUAGUGGGAACGUCAUUUUGAUCUCUUUGUGUGUCUUGGCAUGUGAAGAAAUUGACAAUAAAGCAGACUUUGAUUUUUUUUUACUUUGAAACAUAUUUUAAGAUAUCCUGAUGACCAUAUUAGGAGGCGGUAAAUUAUAUAACGAUUUGAUGAAAAUUCCACCAGAUUCAGAGUUGCCAAAGUUGUAACGGGACUCUCCCACUUUUGUAUUGAUUUUUAGCCAAUAAAGCUCUUUUUGUUCGAAAA